GGGUGGGGCUCCCACAGCUGGCUCACCGCCUGGGCGGCUGCAAUGGCAGGGGUGGCUCAGAGAUGAGGCCCAGCCCCCUGCCUCCCCUCCCUUCCCCCAGGUAUAAGAGCUGAGCUCAGGUGAGCUGGCUCCUCCCGUCCAGUCUCAACGGCUGCCAGCAGGCAGAUCAUGAGCCAUCAGCUCCUCUGGGGCACUCUGUAGGACAGCAGAACUCUCCAAGGGACCCAGCGCAGUGGGCACCAUGGGCCAGUGCCGGUCAGCCAAUGCCGAGGAUGCCCAGGAAUUCAGUGACGUGGAGAGGGCCAUCGAGACCCUCAUCAAGAACUUCCACCAGUACUCCGUGGAGGGUGGGAAGGAGACACUGACCCCCUCCGAGCUCCGGGACCUGGUCACCCAGCAGCUGCCCCACCUCAUGCCGAGCAACUGUGGGCUGGAAGAGAAGAUUGCCAACCUGGGCAACUGUAACGAUGCCAAACUGGAGUUCGGGAGUUUCUGGGAGCUGAUUGGCGAAGCCGCCAAGAGCGUGAAGCAGGAGAGCCCCGUCCCUGGGAGUUGAGGCUAUCCCCCUGGGGUGCCUGGGGGGUGUUGGGAAGAGGGGACCUCGAGACUGUGAGCCUGGGAAUAAAACUUCUCUCCACCACCACCCUGUUCCCCAGCCUGCAGCGCCUCUCACCUCUGCCAGGUGUGGCUCCGCAGCAGUCUACCCCAGGAGCUCUGUGCUCUUCCCCCUGGGUGCUCCGUGGGGUGUCCACUGGCGGGAGGCAUGGCUGUGGGCUGGGGCUGGAGAUGGGGGGACCUUGGAGGGUGGAGAGGAGAGGGCUGCGGGACAUAGUUUGGAGGCAGGGGCUGGGGCUGCGGCUGGAAAGAUGGUACUGAAAAGGGUCUUUGGGAACCAACCCUCCCAACCUCUUCCCUUCCUGUCUGUCCAGUGCUGUCCCUGUCUGCCUCCAGCCCUGCCCCCACUUCCUCCCAGGGCUCCAUCCCUGGGCCGGGGCAGGGGAAAUGGGGAGCAGGAUGGGAGGAGAGGAUGAGGAGGGAGUGCCUUUGGGGUGAGAGGACUGGCUGGGUGCUUGGACAUUUACGGAAUGAUGGUUGUUUUAUAUCAUUUGAUUAAUAAAAAAAUAGAAAAAUUAACAAA